UUUUCGUGUCAGUCAGAAUGGACCAAACGUCUUGCUGACGACAAUAUUUUUCGACCUGGACAACACACUCAUCGAGACGAGAAAGGGAGAUAGUUUGGCCUGCAAAAAGGAUUGUUUCUCUGCUCAAAUCCUGGAUGUAAUAUUUACAAGCUUCCUGUGAAAACGUCUAAUUUUCCGCGAUCGAGGAGGAACAGUUGUUUUUCUUCUAUACAUCCGGAAUAAACAAAUUUGUUUUCUUCAAAAUCUCCUUGAGAUUCGACAAGUUAAAAUUAGACUCAGACUCUUUCUACAAAUACUUCAGAUUUGGUAAAUCCUCCGUUCAUUUAUUUCUUCUCGCCUUUGAGGUGGAUGUAUUCGCUCUCAGUUUCAGUAGAAGACUAUUUCGGUUCACCGAAAGUGAGUGUGUCAAAGGGCAAGGCUAGUACAAAGAAGUUAACUGGGAGCUAUGCCAGUUGGCUUGUGACUACGGUGCGCGCAAGGCAUGAGGUUGAAUGAGACUUAGUUCAUCUCUAGUUCGGUAAACGACCUGUAGUUACUUCUUUUAAAGAGUAGUGUUUUGUUAAAGAAAAACUUUAAAGCAGUACUUUUUGUGUACAAUGGAAUGUCAAAAUUCAGACAGUGCUAUUCCGGAAGGCGUAAAAAAAUGUGCUGCCGUUCUAAAGAUGGUUGAUACUGAUUCGGAAAAGUUCGCCGCUUUGUUUAUGGUGACAAAGUUAGUUCCUGGAAAAGAUUGUUCUCCAGCAGCAAAGAAGAUGCUUUUCGAAGCGAUCGGUGCUAAAUUUUUGAGGAAGUUGCUUUCUAGUAACGAUGUCCCCGUUGACUGUCCACCUCAAGUCUACAAAUCUGUUGCUUUGUCAAUUCUUUCCGCUUUCUGCAGAGAACCUGAAUUAGCCGGACAUCCUGACAUGAUUGGGCAUAUACCUCUCCUUCUACAAAUCGUGUCUCAGGCGGAUGAGGAGGCUCCGGACGAUACUUUGAUCAUAGUCAGCGAGGCUUACAUCUGCUUACAAUGUAUUGCUCAACAACCAGCUGGUCAAAAAGCACUGUUGGAGCAAAAGGCGAUAGCAAAGAUGUGCGACAUAUAUGCAGAGAAGAGCUUCAAAACUGACGAAGCCCUGAACAUUCUUGUGACCCUUGUCAAUAGAUUCGGACCACAGGCUUGGGACGCGGUCAACACAGCUCCGUUUCAUACGAUUCUUAACAAAAUCGCUCUCGAUUUUGAAACUGACAUAUCUGAAAGAAAAUUUGAACUUUGUUCCAUUUUACAUGGACUAUUAGCUUCCUGUCAAAAGGAUUUGAUCGCUUCGACAUCAAAAGAGCAAUCCUGGCCUGAGAGUAUCCGAAAAUGCCUCUCGGAAAUUCUUCGGUCUAAAAUUGGAAAGACUCAACGAGACCCUGCAUUGAAACUGUCUGCGGUAAUGCUGGAUAUCCUAGGAGUCGAUUGGGCUGUCGCGUACGAUGAAAAAGAAAAACUCUACAUCCUUCCUUUAAUUCAACUUGCAGCAAUUGAAGUACGCUUGCAACUAGAGGGAAAGCAACUGAAGACCGUUGUGAAAAAUGCGGAUUUACUCGUCGCUUGCUUCACGGUAUUGGAGAUUUCCUUGAACUACAUCACAAAUGAUCAACUGGAUUUGGAGCAGAAUGAAAAGCAAUCCAUGUACACCUCUUUAAAGGCUGUUUUUUCAGCGGUACUUGGUUUGUUAGCUGCUGUGUCGAAAAUGAAGGAACUUAAGGAUGUCCAGGAGCGUGUCUUCGUGUGUGCAAUGAUCAGAGUCCUGGCUGCGUGGCUUGCCCAGGAAACGUCCUCUAUGCGUACUCAAGUUUACGCUGUUUUACCCUUCGUACUGACAGUUGCAAAUGAUACCUUUUAUGUACAUAGGAAUAGGAAACUUGCGGAAAAGGCAAAGUCGGGAGCAAAGCUAAACGAAGGGACAUUUUCCGAAGAACCCGUGAAUUAUGAUCCUAUCAGUGAGGUGGAUGUUCUAAGGCUCAUGCUACCUGCUCUCUGUUACCUGGCAGUGGAAGAGGAUGCGAGAAAAAUAUUGCUCAAGCAUAAUCAAGAGGAAGUACUAUUUGAGUGCAUGUCAUAUCAUUGGACUAUUGUUCACUACAAGAAGCCACCGGUACCGAGGUCAGAACGGUUAAAGGCACUUAAGGAACCGGAGAAAGAAUUGGAACCUUACGUUCUGGAGGAAAUGAAGGAUUCGAGGACGGCGAUGAUCUCGAUUUGUAAUAUACUUAUGAACAUAACCGUAUUGGAAGCAAAACUAGUCGAAGAAUCUGCGACUUUCGUCUCCCUGCUUAAAUUUAUUUUCAACAACUUACCAGAGUUGAAACAAAUCCCGGAGAAUCUCGUACUUCACGGACACAUGGCUGUUUUGGGACUUCUGCUAUUGAAACAGCAAGCGAAGCGAGUUAAGAAGAACGAUUUCUCCAUUUGCCGAUACAUCCAAGCCACGAUUCGAUUUCUUUGGGAUGCCUAUAUUGUAGACGAGAGUAACGAUCCGCAGGAACUGGUCGUAGCGAUGUCGUAUAAGGAACACUGGAUGGAAAUCAUGGAACUAUGGUUUCUAGGAAUGCAGACGAUGGCUGGAGUGUUGCAGAUGGUUCCCUGGCUCUCAGAAUUCGCAAUAGAGUCGGGUUGGGCGGAAGGGAUCAUUGAGACCUUGAAAAAGGUCAAAAUCGGAGGCUUGCAACCCAACGUUAAGUCCGCCUAUGAGGAUCUGCUUUGUCACUUGGUUAAGGCAGAUCAGGGCGUUGCUGCGGUAUUGAAAAAGUGCGGCGCAUUGACGGUUUGCAGAAAUCAUCGUAUGAUGGAAUUAGGCAAACACCUCUUUGGAGACUAGAAGCUUUUCAUGUUUACAUGUCAUUAGUAUUACAUUACGGAUUAGAAUCAGUAGUUUUUUUCAAGAAUGCUAUUAAACAAAAAAUUAUUAGGUAACAAAAUUUAUUUCAGUUUAAAGAGCAUUUUUUCAAGUGUAUCGAAUUUCCAGCGACACUAACUUUAUUGGAGAUAACACAUAGUGCUUCUGUAUCAAAACGGUUAUGCGCGAUUAGUUUUCUACGCGAAACAGUUAGUACAUGUUCGAUUGAGUUGAGAUUAAUUUGAAAUAUUUAGAAUUAUUCCAUAUUUUCAAUUUUUCAAUAUUAAAAUGGAGAAUAUUUAAUAUUUCUGAAAUUAAGUGCAAGUGAGUAAUUAACUUAAACAUGUUUCUAAAUUAUUCCUUCCAAUACUGAAAAUAUAAGUGUAAUCAUUAUUUUGUAAUUGAAUUAAUGAUCAUAGGAAUAAUUAGGUGUAUGUGGGAGUAAUUAUUUUUUUUUAGAAGAAAUCGAAAGAUUCUACUGCUUUCAUUUAUAUGUUCUUUUCAUGAAUCUGUCAGAAUUCUGAAAAUUCGUUUUUAAUCAUUUAUUAUUUUCUACAUUUUUUCUUAAUAUCCGCGAAACUGGUGAUUUAAAAUAUUUUAAAUAUUAAAUACAGUGAGACACUGAGAAAGGCUUGUCAAAUAAUUUGUAUUUCUUGAGCACAUUAAAAUAUUUUAUAUUUUAGUGUAUAUCCCAGGGGGUGAUUCACUAUUAAAUUCGAGUGUACAUCUGUUUCUUAAUUCACCCUCAAUUCUUACAAAUUUUGUUGAGUUUUUGGAAUUUGUUUGAAUUAUUUUAAAUUUACAUGGAAUUCAGAUAUAUUUGUACCGACUUGGAUGGAUUCGGUAGUAUACAGGGGAAUAUUUCAAUAAAAAGAAACUAUAGAAACGUUUGUGCCAUUAAAAAAUGUUUUUUCUUAACUAAAUAUGAAUUAGAUCAAAAUGACUAUUUGAAAAGCAAAAAGUCAGUAAUUUUUAUGAAUUCACCCAGUUUAACUGGUUUGAAUUUUUUCAUUAUUAUUCAUCAGAUUUUCAUAGAAUUAUCCAAAUGUUUUGUUCAAGUUUUGUGGUUUUACUUCAAUUUUUGGUAAGUCGUAGAAUGUUUUGAAUUUCGUUUCCUUGUAGAUCGAGGUUUGUAAUGACGUCCAUUUCUAAAUAUACUUUUUUUGAAAUAUGUGUACGUCCAAGUAAAAAGAGUCCAGUUUGUCGAUUUCAUUUUAAGAGUUCUGAGCUUUUCUGUCACUUUGCGUUUGAAGAAUAAAUCGCUCAUUGGUGUUUACGAAACCCACCAAAUUUAAAUCGUUUUUCUCGUAAAGCGGUUUUUUGAAGUUAUAACAUCAAAAAUGUCCCAGUGCAUCGAUUUUCAGUCUAGAAAAAUCGUUCUGUUCAUCGACUUUCGGAAAUUUAUCUAGCUAUAUGUUCCUAUACGUAACUUCAUACCGUCAACCUUAUUCUUUUUCAUAUGAUCGUACACAUAUCUUAUAUAUGCUUGGACCCCUGGAGCAAACAAUACAUUGAUUGACAUAUUUGCGAUCUUUCCAUGACCUACCAGUAUCUGUUUGAAAAUUAUAAAAAACAAAUCUUAUUUUGUUCAUAUGAGAAAAACUUGUUUAUUAGUUAAAAAGGCUAUUUAUGCCUUAAAAAGGCAGUUUACGUAUUUUUUGUGUGUCAGGGACAAAUCGGUUGAACAAACAUUUGUUUGUAUUAUACCUUGUUUUGAAGUUUCUUUGAUCUGGAAGUUAAUAAGAAAAAUUAAAAAAUAUCUAACUUCACAGAUUGAUCAUUACGUUUGCGCCAAUCUUAGUUUUCCAAAUAUUAAUUUUUGUAUGCCCAUGAGGAAGCAAAAUACUUAUGAAAUGAACACAAGUAAAUACAUCCAUAGUGAAAAUAUACACACAUAGUACUUGACACCCGUAUUUGCGAAUUUUCUGGAUUGUUUUUUAAUGUUCUAAGUUCAUUUAAAUUGUAUUGACCAUUGUAACCUUAAUUUAAUUUUAGAAAGUUAUUUGAAUUUUCUUAAAUUUUUACGAAUUCACUGGAAUUUGUUUAAUUCUUUUGAGUUGAAUGGAAUUACUUUGAAUACUCUUGAAGUAUUUUAAAUCCACUUGAAGUCUUCUGAAUUUACUUGAAGUUCCUUCGAAACCAGUUGAUUUUUUUUUAAUUUACUUGCAUUUCCUUUGAAUUUACUUAAAACAUUUUUUAUUUACUACAAUUCCCUUGAAUUUACUUGAAUUUUAUAAGUUCUUUAAAGUCUUUUAAUAUUUGGAAGUAUCUAAAUUCUGUGUAUUCAUUUGAAUUCUUGAAUUCAGGUCUAGAGGAGAUUCUACAAUAGAUAAUACAAUAUACAGUGGAAGUACUGUAUCAAAACGAAAAAAUAAUCUCUUUCAGUGCCAUAUAAGUUAGGGAUUAAAUUUUUCUAUAAAUACAGCGUAAUUGUCAAAAUUUACCGAAAAGUAUUUUGUAUCAAGAAAUUUCGUUUUAAUCUCAUAAAUAUAUCUAGUUGGGAAGAAAUUAUUGAAAACGUGUUAAAGGGUUUUUCUAAUGUUUCCUAAAAAGUAUAAGAAUUUAGUCAGUGCUUUAAUUUUCUAUAUUUGAAUUAAAUUAAAAAUUACAUAAUGUGACAAUAACAUUGAAAAUUACUAUAUAAUAUAUUCAAAUUCAAUAAAUAUUAAUUAAACCAUCACUGCUUUUUUAAUAUGCUAAGACGCUUAUAAACUGGAUGGGAACUACCUUAAGUGUAUUUAAUUCGAUUUUGUAGUCAAACUUUUUAUAAUAAUUAUUGUGAUUAUACAUAAAAUAAUAAUGAGUUCAAAUUCUGUAUGUUUGUGUAGAAAUGUGUGCAAUGUAUUUGAUGCUGUGAUGUGAAGAUGAAUGCUCUCAAGUCUUACCGAAGUAUGGGUGGACCACUGCUUAUUUAUAGAAUAGGAGAUCACUACUUAAAAUAGUACAGGCAAGCGACAAAAUGUAACAAAACUCUAGGUAUUUUCUCUGGGUGAAAGGUAUGCUUAUGUUGAAUACAUUUUAAAGGCUUUCAGCAUAUUUUACAAUGUAAAUAAAUUAAUUAAUGAUUAAAUUAAAUUAAAUAUUUUCAUUUUACAAGCAGCUUUUUUUACUUAUUCAAUAGUUAACACAUAAUUAUUUUUUUCUUGCAAGUUGGGUUAUUGGAAUUCGCAUUAAGAAAUAUAUAAAACCCCAAUUUCAAAGGGGAAGCUAUACAUCAACAUUGCUGUACAUGAGCGUUCUUAUUAAAAAUAAAUUUUAUCCAAGAAAAAUACAUACGAAAUUUUCUUAUUUGUGAACAUCAUUUUCGGAUGUCAAGUUUUAUCUAUAAGACACUAAGUGUUCCUAGAAAUAACAACAAAUGUAGUUGUUUAUUCGAGUUUUAUUAUUUCAUUAGUUUAGAAGCGCCUCUACGGCUGUGCUAUUUUUACAUGUUUUAUACAAAAGAUUUACGAGUAAACGAUAGCACUGGCGGAAUCCUAAUCUCGUUCUUCUAUACUGGCGGCAGAGAGGAAUUUUCUUACUCAAAGCUUGUUCUUUUGGGUACUGAUUGUUAGUCUGUUUGUAACGAAAGAGACUUUUAAAUUAAACGAAAUUAAUUUUA